CGGGAGAGCGAGCCUUGCCGCUGCAUCCUCUCACUCCUCUGCCAGACGAGCGCUCGAGGCACCAGGCACCAGCACCAGCACCCGGAGGACUAUCAGGACAGGAAGUGGCGGUGGAGGAACACGUGAUAACUCGUCUCUUUAGCGACUCCCCAAAAUGAAGCAAGAAUACAUCAAGAUCGCAGAUGACUACAGUGGCUAUGCGCUCUCCAACUUCUGCAUUCCCAAGCACUACGAGGGAGACCUGGAGAAUGUGCUCAUCCCUUGGGGCCUCAUCCAGGACAGGACCGAGAGGCUGGCGCGGGACAUCUUCCAGGACAUCAAGGACGAGCCCCUGACUGCCCUGUGUGUCCUGAAGGGAGGCUACCGCUUCUACACUGACCUCCUGGACAAGCUCACCACUCUCAGCCGCUUCCAUGCCUCUGUCUCGGUUCCGCUGCAUGUCGACUUCAUCCGCCUCAAGAGCUAUGAGAACGACGACUCCACGGGUGAGAUCCGCGUCAUCGGCGGGGACAACCUGAGUAACCUCCGGGGCCGCAACGUGCUGGUGGUGGAGGACAUCAUCGACACGGGCCGCACCAUGAGCCGCCUCCUGGACGUCCUGAAGCAGCAUCAGCCCAAGUCCAUCAAGGUUGCGUCCCUCCUUGUCAAGCGGCGGCCGGGCUCAACUGGAUACAGGCCGGAUUACUGUGGCUUUGAGGUCCCCGACAAGUUUGUGGUGGGCUAUGCUCUGGACUACAACGAAUACUUUAGAGACUUGAAUCAUAUUUGUGUAAUCAAUGAGGCUGGUAAAAUGAAGUACAAAAUCCAAGAAAAUAACCACCAGUGAUUCUUAGCAAGACACAGCAACCUCUGCCAAGAUGAAGCAGCUGCCUGCGCUACAUGGCUGGCUCACGGCACUGCAAGCACUCCACUUCUUGCACUGCCACCCUCUGUAUGCAUGAACACUUGAUGAAUGUGAACCUAGAGUAUGUAUAUAUACCAAGAGUCAUACUGUAUUUCCCCACAGUCUGAACUCCCAAUCCCCCCAGCCAGGACCCUCUGUGAAUUAGCUUUGGAGCUCUGGUGAUGGAUCUUUGGGAACCUCACAAACCUAGGAGGCAGGACAACCCCUGACUGCCACCCGGCACCAAUUCAUUGCCGGGUGGACAGAGCCUUCUCCACUCCACCCAAAUUAAAGUAGUUUGCUCAGCUGUCUCCAAUUCACCUGGGAAUCGAACCUGGGACAUCUCAGUAGUGAGGCGAGUGUGCCAACCCUGUGUGUAUGCAAGACCAAGGAAUGAUUGUAAAUGCCUUAAUUAUGGUAUGUGUAGGAAGGAGCACUGAAAACAUACCUUUUUCAUGACAUUCCAUGAUGAAAGUUAAUAUUUUUCUAAAAAUUAUAAUUAAACAUAUUACUUUUA